CGAAGAUUGAAUGUAACCAGAUUUAUUCGUUGACGAUCUCGUGGUAUCGAAUGAAUACUGAGAUCGUGCCAAGAAAAGGUACAAGCGGAAUCGGCAGGAGAAAGUACGUGCGAACGGGGUCACGAACCGCGAAACGGUCAUAGAGAAUAAUGGAAGCACAAUAUGUCUGUCACUAGCACAGUUAAACAAACGGGCACAGUAAAACAAUCAUUGGUACAAUUGGUUAUAAUAAUAAUUGUUUUCCUUAAACCAAUCGUGUUCUCUUGAUAAAAGUAGGUCACUACAUGACAAUCAGUCACUUCACAGAUGUAAUCGAAAGAAGAGUAGAGAAAAACAAUAGUCUCUGUUUUUAUUAAUUAUGUCCUGGUUAUCUGUCCUUAUAAACGAAAACUGGAUUAUCUGUAAGGUCGUAUGAACGAAAUUCGAUUCCUCCGCUACAUCCGCAUGUUUUGUUACGGUCAUGGUGGACGAGGAUUCCGAUGAUUAUGAGUCCUUACCCAGUACUAGUCCACUGCCACAACACAUGUUUGCAGGUGCAUGUGCAGGUAUAAUGGAACAUAUUGUCAUGUAUCCUGUCGACUGUGUUAAAACUCGAAUGCAGUGUCUGAGGCCUGUUGGUUGCUCUAAUUACCCAGGUUUACUAACUGGUCUGUAUCGUCUAAUCCUUCAGGAAGGAGUACCAGGGUCGCUAAAAGGUAGUGGUGCAGUGAUCUGGGGUGCUGGUCCGGCGCACGCUGCUUAUUUUGGAUGCUAUGAAAAAGUGAAGUCAACCUUAGCUACAGCUCCCAUAGGAUCGACCCAUGUAAAUCAUAUGAUAGCUGGGACUUGUGCAACUUUACUGCACGAUGCUAUCAUGACUCCUGCAGAUGCUGUGAAACAACGUCUGCAAAUUUACAAUAGUCCUUACCACAACACUUUUGAUUGUCUCCGUCGAGUGUGUUUAACAGAAGGACUCGGCGUAUUGUACAGAGCUUAUUUUACACAAUUAUCCAUGAAUAUACCUUAUCAGACAAUUCAUUUUGUUUGUUAUGAACAUGCUCAGAGUCUAAUAAAUCCAAAUCGUCAGUAUUUACCUUGGACUCACGUUGUAUCCGGAGGUAUAGCUGGUUGUUUUGCUGCUGCUUUCACAAAUCCGUUAGAUGUUUGUAAAACUUUACUGAAUACACAGGAUCGGUGUUUUCAAAAGAAUAUAUGUCUUGGUCACUUCACACAGUCAUCUAAUCCUGAAUUCCGAGGUUUGUUUGGCACAGCGAUAUAUGUAUACCAAAUGACUGGUUUAAGAGGAUUCACUAGAGGUAUAAGUGCUCGAAUCCUAACAGCUGUUCCCGGCACUGCUUUAUCCUGGUCAGUUUAUGAAUAUUUUAAAUGGCGGUUAAAAGCACGAACGAAAGCUUUAGGAUCUGAUUUUGGUGAGACUAGUGGUGGUAACAGUGUUCAUAAUAUUGAAAUUUUACCCAUGGAAAAAAUGCGUGUAACCGCCAGUUCCAAAUGGAUUCCUGAUUCCACUGAUUUGACAUACACAGCAACAGUUAAUACUACAAGUGGACGAUCAAGUUUACAAGAGAACACUAGAUAAGUCAAAUUAUUACUAUUGCUGUGAAGUAGUAGUGCUACAUAUGAAACGUUUAAAAUGUUCCAUGCUUUUUAUUCAUCUGCUUCCUGUGAUGAUGAUGAUGAUCAAGUAUCCACAUAGUGGAUCAGUUUGUUCACCACCGACAAAACUAGUUUACAGCAAUAAUUGUUUAAGUUACAUAAAUUUCCCCGCUUACCAUACACAAAACUUUGUAUAAAGAGAUGAUUAUUCCUUACAUCAUCUUUCUUGUAUAAUUAAACAUUGCUUUUAUCUUUUCUUUCCUCUAUCUUCUCGUUCAGACUGAUUUUAAUCCAUGUGUACAAAUUACAUUUACUUUUAGUCAUUUCCUGUCUAUUGGUUUGUUUGUUUACCCCCCCCCCUCGAAGUUGGCGGUCCAGAGAAAUAUCAUUAUGUUGAUGUGAUUAUUACUACUAAAUAUAAAUAGAUAUUUUGUUGAUGUAGACAUUUUAAUCUUUUUCCACGUUCAUUCCAUAACGUCUGACAAUUAUCCGAUAGAAUGUUAGGCAAUCCAGUCAGUUUGUAGUUUUCCGUAAGCGUGCGUACUUGGAAAUGUUGUCGAGCUAUGUAAAUAAAUGGACUGUUGUGCAUUGGUCAUUUAUUCCCACAUUUUAUGAGAUUCUCAUUGGCGAGACUACGGGUUAUUUUCAUGUCUUUGCUACUUUAACCAAAAUACUAAAUGUAUGUAAAUGAGAUCAAGAUAUGUUAUGAAUAUAUACGAGAAAAUUAUCAUUUGAUUUGCCUUGUUUUACUGAGUCUGCGUCUUACCACACGAUUGCUCACCCAGUUGUUCUAUCACAUACGUUAUGUUCUAAAAUAUAUUCACCAUUUGUUAAUUAAAAUGGUUGGUGUGAAAGGAUCUGUGAAUAGCAGGAGCAAAUUUAAAGGGCAAUAACGAAGGAGAUUGUUAACGAACAAGUUGGAGCCGUGGACAUUGUUAACCUUUUGUACAAAUCAAAAGUUAAUUUGUCCUCGGAACAAAUUAAGGAGAAGUAUAAAUGGCUUUGAUUUUUAUAUACCCGGAAAUGUAAUCACAGAAACAAAGAAAAAAAAUGCCCUAGAUCAGUUAAAAAUGAUCUUUCAGGAUAGUUGGGACAAAUUUAACGUAAACCUAGCUGCCAACUUUUCACUAUUGGCUUACAUCGGAGUAGGUUAGAAUUAAAGCUAUAAGCAAUUAAGUAAAGAUAUGACAUUAAACCAUGAGCUAGUUGGUAUUCAGAGCAAGUCGUGCUAAUUGGUAUGAAAUUCUUUGUUGGGAUUUAUAACAUAAGUUAUGGUUGGAGGUGGUACGAUUUGGAUCUAACACCAGUAGUAGAGUUGCACUCAUUUCCACCAUUCUCUAAAUCUUGAGGUCAGUGUCAGGUUUUUGCAUGAUGAAGACUUGUUUAAUUUGUAUCCAAUAGACCAAUUCAUGUCAUUCUCUGUUAUUGAUCGUAUCACCUGUAUAAAGCCUGGAGUUAUGCAUUAUCAAAAUCUGUUCCAUAUACGUUACAGUGAUCAAUAGAAUGGACAAAGAUGUUGAUUGAGGAGAAAGGAAUACCAAAUAUAUUAUAUAAUCGACUACCUCGGAAAUGAAUGAUGUAAGUUAUUAAGAGCAUUGUCUGUUGAUCGGAAAAAAGGUUUAGAAACACCUAAUAAAGGCGAUAAAAAAAACAAAUCAGUCCAUGAUGCAGAUCUACCAAUUCAACAACCUUCGAAAUCCUCUUUAGUAACAAUUAUCAUGUGCUUUCUUGUUCUCUCCACAAGACCUGAGAGUCUUGAGUUCUAUUCUUUGUGGUAUCUUGGAUGAGUACUGCUGUGGAGCAGUGUACUAGAAUGAAACGUCUGUCCAGUGCUUCCUGAUUUUCAGCUGUUACCUACCUAAGUUCAAUCUAUGAUGGGAAACUACGAAUAUAGAAAAUCAUUUUCUGAAGAUAGGUAAAGGAUGACACUGAUUAAUGAUGAAUUGGUAGAUAUCAUUGAUCGGUUUUAAUUUUUUCUGAUUGGAUAUAUUGCUGUAGGUUUUAGUCAAAUUAUAUCAAUUUCAUGAACUCGAUAGUAGCCUCGUUAUCAUGUUGAUAGUAUUUCGAAGAUUCGAGCAUUUAUACUAAUUAUCAAGCCUGGUAAGACUACAGAAUUUAAUAUAGCAUAUAACCUAACCAUCGUUUAGUUGAAUAAAAUGGGUUCAAAUCAUAUUGAGAGACAAGGAACAUUAGAACUAAUGAAACUUAUUUGGUGGAGUUAUAUUCUCUGAGCUGUCUUGUUUAAUCAAUAGGCUUUCAUUGUCUAUCUAUACAAUAUCAUCAGCACAAACUUCAGAUAGAAGUGAACUGUUUGAGUUUCUCCGUAUAUGACUAACAGUUUGUUUCAUCAACAUUUAAUUUUAUAGUUUGUUGUGGAUAUUUUUUACUAUCAUUGUCUGAAUAUUUAUUUUGAAUGUGUUCUCAACCGACCCGAUUCUUGACCUGGUACUUGUUUAUAAUUUUUCUAAUUUGUUUGGAAAUUUGGACCGACUUCGAUAUGUUUAUUUAAUCCCUAAUUGAUCUAAUUGUUAAGCUUCUAAAAAAAUUCUGUGAUUAUCUUUGUAGUCCAUUUUGUCCAAGAUUUCAAUAUUCCCCUUAGGGGACGUACGUCCACAAGUGCCUUCAGCCAUUGAUAUAAACGAAGACAAAUGGUGUUUCACAACCAAUUAACAUUUAAGCAAAUGAACAUGAUACUCUUUACAGAUGUAUUUCAAGAAGUAAAUACCAUAUUUCAUUAUUUUGUGUAACAGAUUCAACCAGUACUGAGAACUUUAACAUUGCUUUCAUCUUUUUUUCCCUAUGGAAAUACCAGUACAUAUCCUUACCAUAUGAUUUAAUGUAAAUUGUUGUUUGACUACUUCUGACUGGAUAAGCUAUUUCAUCAUUGGACUAAUUAAUACAAGUAGUCCAAUCAUUCUUCUAUUGUAAUUUCAGUUUGAAUAAAUAUAAGGUACUAAUAUAAGCGAAUUUAUUUGUUUACCAAUGGUAUUAUUCAAUCCAAUUCAUUUUUCAUUAUAAUAUAUAUUUGUUUGGUCAUAUCAGUCGGAAUCAUAAACAGAACUUGAAUUUGAAUUCAUUAGUAUAAUAGAUUGAGUCUCAAUUAUUGUAUGUAAUUGAAAUAGUUCAGAUAAAUCAUAUUAGUUUAUUUAAUUGAUGUAGGAUUGUAUAACGUUUUAGACUGGAUUUACCGUCAUUAAUCAUAUCAAAGUAAUUCUACAGCUUUCAGAUUAAGUUUUUGUAACGAAUAUUAAAUCAAAUUGAUCGCUACCACACUACCACCUAUAUUGUA